AUGUUGCAUCUUCAAUUCCCUAGCGAUGUUCACGCACCGGUUCUUCCCGCAGAGGGAAUGGCGUUCAGUCCACAUCCGGGGACGGGUUCAAGCUAUCAGCCUUCCACGAUAGAGUUCGCAUUUUACCAGUAUUUUGCGAAAACUAAUAUGCAAGCCGCCUGCGAGGAAUGUGAAUGUCAACGAGAAGAGUGCGAACGGGUUCGGGAGCCACCUGAAUGUCUAAUGUUGCAUCUCAACCGAAUCGAUGUGGUAGCAGGUCGGGCACGAAAAAUCAGGAAGCUGAUCCGCUAUAACAAGGAUUUACGACUAGACAAGGCCUUUUUUGAUCCACGUUUGGCUAAGCAGGGUGGGAGAAGGGGAUUCCGCUCGAAGAGGGAGGAGGACGAGUUGACCUGUUAUUAUGAGCUGUUUUGGGUGGGUCUACACAAUGGAGAAUCCCAUCAGGAAGGUCACUAUCACUGUAUGGCCAAAGGACGACGCGACUGGGCAUUUUUGGAUGACCUACACACUGGACUAUUCGACGAAUCUGAAUUCAAGAGUCAGAGAAAUGAAUCCCAGUCAUACCUUUUCGGCUAUCGUCGAAUUAACUCGGGACAAGCUCAACCACACCCAGAAUUCGUGGACCCAGUCAGGAAAGUCGAGGAUGGUCAAACUGAUGUCGAUACGCCAAAGAGACCAGAGGGCCAACGUGAACCUCUGCCGGAUUUUACUGAGGAGGAGUGGGGCGUGGAACGCGACAAGGUUGGAAGGUUAGAGCUCAGAUUCAAUGGCAGCGAUGGAUCUGCCCUACAGAGUACCGAUGUAGUAGGCGUUGCAUAUAAUCCUCCAGCUAUCAGUGCUGGGAAGGGAUUAUGGAGGGUAGGGCUACCUGGAGAUAAGACGGGCACAAUGACUCUGAACUGGUCUCCUAUCGAGUCCUUCAAAAAUCGGGAAAAAGACGGAGACAAACGAGGAGAGGCGCGAGAGGAGGCGUAA